UGAAAAUAUCCUGGGAAAAAAACCUGUCUUUGAUCGAUAAGAACUGUUGGCUGAAAGUAGAAAGUCGAAGCUCCGUUAUCUUAAUUUACACACAGGGUUAGUGCAGAAGAUCAUUCUAAGAUUAUAUUCAGGAUUGAUUUAAAACCAGAGAAAGAGUCGAGUCUUCUUUUGAAAAUGCCGGCGCUAAACGAAGCCAUUUCCCAGCGUCGUUUCAAGCAAGCCACUUUUCUCAUAAACUCUGGAGUAAACGUAAAUUCAAAAAACAGAGAGGGAUACACACCGCUGGCUCAGCUCUGUGAUAUUGAUCCAGAGGAAAAAGCUUUAAGUCUAGCCAAAUUGUUCAUCACGAAAGGGGGAAGAGUUGAUAGAAAAGAUAACCAAGGAAGAAAUGUCCUAAUGUGUGCAAUUUUGAAAGGAAAGGAGAAACUCGCAUCCCUAUUCCUUGAAGAAAUACUCGAUUUCAAUUUGAAUGCAAAGGACGACGACGGAAAUACAGCCCUAUCGCAUGCUUCUGCGAUUGGAAAUGUUCAAGUUGUACAAAACAUAGUACGAGCUUUACGAAGGUAUGGACUUAGUGUUGAUGUUGCAAACAAGGAAGGCCUUACACCGCUAAUGAUUGCAGCGAAACAUAGACACUUGGCAUGCGCCAAUGUUAUCCUAACUGAAGGUAAAGCAUCGGUGUUCAUACGUGAUAACACCACAUGGAAAACUGCCUUAGAAUGGGAACGAAAUGCUGUGCCAAGAAACGUUUCUAAUCAAAGAAAAUUACCGCUGAGAGAAUCCAUUCAAACGAAAUCUUCACCAUCAUCAAGUUCACCUUCAAGGUCAAGAUGUCCAUUUUCGCAAGACCGUCCUCAUGUGCAAAAGCAUGAAAUGAAACAGCUAUUCCAGAUUUAUGAAAAUCAACUCACUUCGACAUACAGAAUUGGUUUUGACAAUAGCAAAAUUGGUAAUUUUUAUGAGAAUAUUUGUCUUACUUCGCCACAGGUUCGACCUGAAAGUCGUAAUAACUUGGAUACAGUAUUCGAAGGAAGUCAAGCGCGUGCUUUAUUCACCAAAAGUACCGCGGUUGUAAAAUUUAGAAAGACUAGUUCUAUGCUUAAUGCUCGUAAGCUCACAAAAACAGACUUAUUAUCAGCUUCAUGCACAGCAAGUAGCGUUUCUGAACUUUUGAGAGAUGCUCGCGAAUCGUCCAGAGAAAUUCAACCGAAACAGGACUUAUCCAAACAAGGAAUUGGUCGUCCAAUGAGGCGACCUAUUCGCAGUCGGUCAGAAAUUCUUUUUAUCAAGAACAAAAUAAACGAAAAAGAAAGAAAACUUCCUCGUAUUGAGAAGAGGACUUUAUCAAAUCCAGUUAUGUCCUUGCUGGAUGAGAAAAAAAGUUCAGUUUCUGUUAAUGCAAAUGAAAAGUUCGAUAAUGACGAACAGCCAGGACAAACAAUUGAAGAAACAUCUGAAAUCCGAAGAGAGAAAUGAGCGCCGUUUUCGCUUGAUUUGAGGUAGAAGACUUUGGAGACACUUGAAGAUUUCGAUUUACUACAAGAUUUGAGGGAUCUGUAAGAGAAUCGGCAUAAAAAUUUUGACAACAGCAAAACUUUUUCCUUGCAAUGGAAACGAAAGAAUCUGCAAUUACUACUCUAAAGUGUAUGUAACGGGUUAAUGAAAACCGCUCUAAGACAUAUCAUAGUUACUAACAGUUUUGAUUUACAGGUACAGUUUUUGUUACAAAAAAAUCAAGAACCUCGCAUUUUUACACAAGAACCUGUUCACGAUGACUUGAACUGAAAAUCUAGGUUUAUUUACGCGGAGCUGUACACAGAAAAGAAAACAAUCAUUUGCGGCAACACAAACAAAGGUCUAAGUUUUAAUGUCGCAUCAUAGACCUUUUCUAAGUUUUAAAUCAAUCUGAAUCAGUGUGCAGACAUGCAGUUUACCAUAGACUAUGCAUUCUUCCGUGUGGGAUCAAAAUCCUUUCAAUUGUGACACAAUGUACACGGUCAUUAGAAGUUUAAUAUGCAUCAUCACUGUUUUCGCAUUUUUUUUUAGCUCUUUUCUAAAAUGAUAACAAUUUCUGGAUGUUGGGGUUCUAUAGAAGUCGUUUAUAGAACUAAAAACUUAAGUCUACGACCAUUUCUACAAGAAUCCUAACGGGUUUGAGUUUCAAAUGAGGGAGUUUUUGAAGCCGUUCAAUAAAAUCGAAAGUCGCGUGUUUCUUAUUGCAUGGGCAGGGGUAUAUAAUGAUGUAUAAUGCAUGGGUAUAAUGAUAAAACACUAGUAAUGCUUGUUUAUUAAACAGUACAUUUUGUUCCAGUAAGUGUGCACUGGAGUGUUUCGAGAAUGAGGUAUAGCCUAGACCUUAUAAAGCUCUUGGCGCGAUAUAUGUGUUAUAUUUUUUUGUACAUAGGUGCGGAUUGGGUUUUUUCCGAGCAUGGUCUACUAUAGCCUUACUCUAUAGCCUUACUAUUUUCAAAAAUAGCCACAUUCACAAUCCAAAUGUCAAAAAGCAACACGUUAAUCUCAUCAGACUCAAGGAGUUUUCCAGGAGUUUUUAGCGAUUUUUCACAUAUUCAAGGUCUUUUCAAACGCCCUUGAAAACGAGUUUUCAAUUCCAGGAGUAGUAGGGCGAACCCUGUUUUGAGUUUGAGUCUCAUUCAGAUUUAAAUUCUUGGAAAUUCAUAUCAUCAUAACUAUUUCUACUUGUCAAAUUCAUUAAUAUUAAUAUUCAUAGGUAAAGACAAUGGAAAAUCAUUGCCAUGACCGC